AUGACUGAAAGCACGAACAACAGCAGCCCACGUUUACGGUCCGUUUCUCCUGUCACUCCACCAGAAUCCCGUAAGCCUCGACAGAGAUGGACGGAACAAGAGACUAACGAUCUUACGAAUGGCUGUUACGAGUACGGUGUAGGGGCAUGGAGGGCAAUAUUAAACGACCCCAAAUAUUCGUUUAAUAACAGAACAACUGUUGAUCUAAAAGACAGGUUUCGUACUUUAUUCCCAGAAGAAUACAUACGUUUGUAUGAUGCGAAAAAAACAGCGAUACCCAAGAAAUAUCAAGGCAGAACAUUACCUCUGCCAUCAACACCUUUUGAGAAAGUACAAGGCAGAAGGCCUCGCAGGCCUUUUAGGCCUGACGAAGACGUUGCUUUAAAGCGAGGCGUGGAGCAUUAUGGCGUAGCGUGGGCGAAGAUUAUGAAGGAUCGGGAACUUGGUUUGAGUCACAGAAAGAGUACUGAUCUUCGCGAUCGAUAUCGUAACGCAUUUCCCGAAGAAUACGAAAGGUUAGGAUAUUCUCCCAAGCCGAGGAAGUUUCUCACACUGAGCUAUGCGUCGAGAGAUAGUCCAUUGCAGGACAGUCAGGGUAUCAGGCCAAAUGUCAUGAACUGGUCCUCUGGUGAUCAAUCUGUUAUAUAUUCACAUCCUAUUGAAUCAUCUAAUUUUGACGAGGUCAUGUCGACUUCUGAUAGAGAUAGUGAUAUUGGGAUAACCCAGACAUCGAGAGCCAGUUGCUCUCAGGACGUUGAUGAAAUACAACCAACGUACGUUAAGACUCGUAGCCAUAGAGUGGUGCCCAGAAGCCUUAGAUAA